AUGAACGAACAAAGAUCACGGAGCUGCAGAGAGUCACGUGCUUUUACCUACCUCUCUCCCAAAUCUGCGUGCGAAUGUAACACAUUAUUGCACAUGAGACAGAUAUGUAGCUGUUCUAGCAAUGCAAUAGCUGUAGUAUCAAAUAGUGCAAAAGAACGAGCUUCAAACUGCAUCAAAACAAAGCAACGUUGGAACAAACGAAACGAUUCGUCCUCUUCCAACGGUUACGCACUUAUCUCCAAUUCUACUGAAAGUCGAUCUUUUGAUUCAGUAUCUUCUCGUAUGGCUACCAACAAUUUUGAGGAAAUUCAUAAGAAUUUAAAACUACACGUUGAUGCUCAUUUAGACAUACCAUUGCCGAACUUUAUUGUGCAACAGGAACAACCGUGCAACGAACAUACUAAAACAGAAAAACUGACGAUAGGUUCUAGGACAAUACAUUCCAGUCCUAUUGGGAAACCGCGAGGUCGCCGAUACAGUCAGGACUCAUGUGCUCACGUUUAUGAACGACUCUGCGUAGCUGCUUUCGAUAGAAACGGAACAGUUAACGAUAGUUGUCAAAAUGUCAAGCAGAUGACCCACCAACAUCAAGUACUCAUGCGACAUAGCACGGACAACUUAAGAUCUAUUAAUAACCAGGGCACCUCCGCUCCCGGAGGCCUCUAUAACAAACGUGAAAGAGUCGAAAUGGCUGCGGUUGGCGUUGGGUCAGGAGAUGGCACCGAACAGACCAAUCAAGGGAAGUCAAAAUAUUUCAUGCAUCGCAUGACGGCCCAAGACUUAGGAAGUGGUAACGAUCAAUCUUCCUCUCAAGAUAGUACAGCCUCGCCGAGCUCCACAACUCUGCCGAAGUCGGUGGAUGUUGUGGCAGAAACUGACACACUCUCCACAAAUGGUUACACGGCAAUGGUGAAUGGUAGUGUUUCGAAUGCAAGUCCAAAGGGUACAAACUUCAUUGAUAAAUUACCUCCCCUAGAAGAUAUAAUGGAGAGCCCGUUGCUAAAGACACCGGUAGAGAAGUGGCUCCAAACAGAGGAUCGUCUGUCUCGCGAAGAAAUUGUUCCAUCAUAUGGCGCAGAGGAGCCUAGCCGUAGUCCCGACCUUUACAGCAAUCUCUUUGGUCCGAAGAUUAGUGCCAGUGAAAACAUUCCUGGCACUCCAAUGGAUACACCGGACAUCGUUUCAGAGUUCAACAAAAGUUUCAAUUCUAGCACAACGAGCAUCAUCAACGAACGCCGACGAUCGUCCUCUAAGUUGCUCGGUCUGGCUACCGACCGUGAUCCUGCCACAAUCUGUGGCAUAGUAACGGGAACGCACAGCCCGCUGGGUGAUCAUCCAAUUUGCGGAACAGCUCAGGCUGGUCAAAAUGUGGGUGGUACUAGCGUAGAUAAAAAUAAUUCUCUUAGUAAGAGUAGCCUGCGAAAUCUGCUCAAACUACGCAAGGCUUCAGACCAGUCACAAGACACACGGCGCUCCAGUCAGCAGGAUAAAGAGGGACUGGAUCCUGAGUCGCUUAUGUUUCGCGAUGGACGUCGAAAGAUUGAUAUGGUGCUAUGCUACGAGGAGGAUGAUCAGGGUGUAAUGACCGAGUUGGAUGCUUUAAAACGCCAUCAACGUAAACUGUUCCAGGAAAAUCUCAUUCGUGAGGGACUUGAAUUUGAGGUGGAGGAUAAAGCACAAGCCUUCGAUGGUAAAACGUACUUUGUCAAAAUUCACAUUCCUUGGCGGACGGAGUCGCGCUAUGCGGAAGUGAUGAAUUUGAAGUUGCCGGUGAAAAGAUUCAUUACGAUCAGUGUUAAGGAGGAAGAAACAGCACUACGUCGACAACAGAAUAAAAUUCUAAACUACUGGAACCGAUUGAUGUCUAUGACCGAGUACAACCAUGGACGCAUUGAGAAGGAACCCUCUUUCUAUUCGGCUACAUCGAAUGGAAAUCCGGAGGAACAGUUCAUCGUGAAGGAUCGUUGUACUUCCUAUACAAGCGCCCAGCGAAGUCUGAUCGUGAUGCAAAUUCUUAUGAGAACGCGGUUCGACGAAACGGAGAAGGUAAACAACGUGGGGAUUCGCCGGUUACUCAACGAUGGCUCCUAUCUGGCCUGUUUUCCUUUGCACGAGGGUCGUUACGACAAAGACCAUUCGUCUGGAGCACUGUUUGAUCGACGGCUGCUAUAUCUGGAAUGGGCCCGCCCAAUCAAAUGGUACAAGAAACAGCCACUUUGUCUCGUGCGCAAGUAUUUUGGAGACAAAAUUGCACUGUACUUUUGCUGGCUUGGAUUCUACACCAAAAUGCUCUACGCACCGGCUAUAGUUGGACUGUUCUGUUUCUUGUACGGACUCGCGUCAAUGGACUCGAGCGAUAACAUUCCCACCAAAGAAAUCUGCGACGAGAACGGACCUGGAAAAACUAUAUUAUGUCCACUGUGUGAUCGAGCGUGUAGCUAUCAGCAACUUCAUGAGUCUUGUUUCUUUGCCCAGCUUACAUAUCUGUUUGACAAUCCAUCCACCGUGUUCUUUGCGAUCUUCAUGUCCUUUUGGGCAACCACGUUUCUGGAGCUUUGGAAACGAAAGCAAUCGGUUUUGGUGUGGGAAUGGGAUCUGCAGAACAUCGAAAACGAAGAAGAUAUGCGACCAGAGUUCGAAACAACUGUCAAAACGUUCCGCAUCAAUCCGGUUACGCGCGAGAAAGAACCAUACAUGCCAACGUGGACCCGAGCUGUGCGUUUCAUUGCCACAUCUAGUGCCGUUUUAUUCAUGAUUUCUGUCGUUCUUGGUGCUGUUCUGGGAACCAUUAUCUAUAGAAUUUCACUAGUUUCGGUCAUCUACAGCGGAGGAGGAUCAUUCUUUAGAACGCAUGCGAAACUGUUUACUACUAUGACCGCGGCGCUAAUCAAUCUUAUUAUCAUCAUGCUACUCACCCGGAUAUAUCAUAAGUUAGCCCUUUAUCUAACGAACAUGGAAAAUCCACGGACGCAGACAGAGUACGAAGAUUCAUACACGGUUAAAAUAUUCGUGUUUGAGUUCAUGAACUUUUACAGUUCUUUAAUCUACAUAGCGUUUUUUAAAGGACGCUUCUACGACUAUCCCGGUGAUGAUGUAGCGAGAAAAAGCGAGUUCCUUCGGCUAAAGGGCGAUAUUUGUGAUCCGGCCGGAUGUCUUAGUGAAUUGUGCAUUCAACUAGCUAUAAUCAUGGUUGGCAAGCAGUGCUGGAACAACUUCAUGGAAUAUUUUUUCCCUGCCUUUUACAAUUGGUGGCGUCAGCGGAAACACAAACAGCUUACAAAGGACGAAACACAUUUGCAUAUGGCAUGGGAGCAAGACUAUCAUUUGCAAGAUCCCGGCAGACUAGCUCUAUUUGACGAGUAUUUGGAAAUGAUCGUUCAAUAUGGAUUUGUGACGCUGUUCGUAGCUGCAUUCCCAUUGGCACCAUUAUUUGCGCUGUUGAACAAUAUUGCAGAAAUAAGGCUAGACGCAUAUAAAAUGGUAACGCAAUCAAGACGACCGUUGGCUGAACGCGUUCAAGACAUUGGUGCUUGGUAUGGCAUACUGAAAAUAAUAACAUACACUGCUGUUGUAUCAAAUGCUUUCGUUAUUGCUUACACUAGUGACUUCAUUCCCCGAAUGGUUUACAAGUAUGUUUAUUCACCACAAUUUUCCUUGCAUGGAUAUAUUGAGCAUUCACUAUCAACUUUCAACACUUCUGAUUACAAAGAAGAAUGGGGUACCAAGACGGAAUCGGACCCAGAUACCUGCCAGUACCGGGGUUAUCGCAACGGUCCAGAAGCUGAUGAACAAUACGGACUAAGUCCACAUUACUGGCACGUGUUUGCAGCGCGCUUGGCGUUCGUCGUUAUAUUCGAACAUAUUGUGUUCGUUUUGACCGGUAUUAUGCAAUUCAUUAUUCCCGAUAUACCGAUCGAAGUUAAGACGCAAAUGCAACGCGAACAGCUCUUAGCGAAAGAAGCCAAAUAUCAACAUGGAUUGAAAAAAUCACGCGAAACCGACUACGAGGAUAUUUUACACACUCUUCGCGAACAAAGCAACAACAGUAGGCAAGGAAUGCGGGGCAGUUGGGCGCGACGUUUAAGUAGGCUCAGCGAUGGACUCGAUGCUCAUGUAGAAGUUCCAAAUCGACCAAGGCACUCGUUAGAAUCCACUGUUUGGGAAGUUACCUAG